AUGAGCUUAGCACAACUUGCAUCAUUCAAGAUACCGGCUAUUGAAAAUGAAAACAUGAAGAACUACCCAGCAAACUCCUCUGAGAGAGCUGCAUUGACAGCUGCAUUGGAUGAAGUUGCUGCUACCUUCCCACAAUCCGUCCCAGUCGUCAUCAACGGUGAGAGACAGAAGUCUGGAUUGAACAGCACUGGCAAACAACUCAACCCAAGCCAACACUCACAAGUAGUGGCCACAUACGAGGAGGCGAGUGACGCACAAGUUGAUGCAGCAAUCCAAGGCGCACUCGACGCUAAGAAGUCCUGGGAAGCUGUCCCGUGGAACGACAAAGCAGCUAUCUUCUUAAAGGCAGCUGACCUCAUCUCAACUAAAUAUAGAUACACUCUUAUGGCUGCAACUAUGCUUGGUCAAGGUAAAAAUACUUGGCAAGCAGAGAUUGAUGCUGCUGCAGAGCUCGCAGAUUUCUUAAGAUUCGGUGUCAAGUAUGUCGAAGAAAUGUAUGCUGUACAACCACCAAAGAAUGCACCAACAGUCUGGAACCGCACGGAAUACAGACCACUCGAGGGAUUCGUUUUGGCUGUAUCACCAUUCAACUUUACUGCUAUCGGUGGUAAUCUUCCAGCCGCACCUGCUUUAGUUGGCAACACUGUCGUUUGGAAGCCAUCACCUAUGGCCUCAUUGUCAAACUAUAUCGUCUACCAGAUUCUUGAAGAGGCUGGUCUUCCAAAGGGUGUCAUUCAAUUUGUUCCUGGUCCUCCAGCUGAGAUUGUCGGUCGCGCUAUCAACAAUCCAAACUUUGCUGCUUUACAUUUCACUGGAUCAACACACGUAUUUAAGAACCUCUGGAAGAACAUUUCUAACAACUUGGAUCUUUACAAGGGUUACCCUCGUAUUGUUGGUGAGACUGGUGGUAAAAACUUCCACUUGGUACACAAUUCAGCGCCAAUCAAGCCAACUGUGGUGCAAACUAUCAGAGCAGCAUUCGAAUACCAAGGACAAAAGUGCAGUGCAUGCUCAAGACUCUAUGUACCAGCUUCAUUGUGGAAGAACGGCUUCGAAAAGGAGUUGGUCGAACAAGUUAACAGUAUCACAGUUGGAAAGGUGCAAGAAUGGAACCACUUCAUGGGCCCAGUUAUUAACAAGCCUGCAUUUGACAAGAUCACAGGAUACAUCAAGAAGGCCCAAGAGGUUGGUGAUAAGGUUAUCGCUGGUGGUACCGGUGAUGACAGUGAGGGUUACUUCGUUAAACCAACCGUUAUCUUGACUACCAACCCAAAGACAGUCACCAUGACAGAGGAAAUCUUCGGUCCUGUUAUCACAGCAUAUGUUUAUGAGGACGAUGACUAUGAAAAGACCGCAGAGCUUGUCGACCAGACGACAACAUAUGCACUCACUGGUGCUCUCUUCGCUAGAGACAGAGCGGCACUCAUUAAGGGACAAGCUAUUCUCCGUAACUCAGCUGGCAACUUCUACCUCAACGAUAAGUGCACAGGUGCAGUCGUUGGUCAACAGCCAUUCGGUGGUGCUAGAGCAUCCGGUACAAACGACAAGGCAGGUGCCCCAUCACUUUUCUCUAGAUUCGUCAGCGCAAGAUCAAUUAAGGAGACAUUUGUCGAGCCAACCGACUACCGCUACCCAUCCAACUACUAG